GGGGGGGUCAGUCCACUACUUCCGGGUCCCUAGAGCCUACUGGAGGGAUCGCCUGAUGAAAAUGAAGGCCUGUGGCAUUAACACACUUACUACAUAUGUACCAUGGAGUUUACAUCAGCCAGAGAGAGGGGUUUUCCAUUUUCAUACAGAGUUGGAUUUAGAAGCCUACAUUAACCUAGCUGCCGAGAUAGGACUCUGGGUUAUCCUGCGUCCAGGACCAUAUAUUUGCUCGGAGCUGGACCUGGGAGGGCUGCCAAGUUGGCUGCUCCGUGACAGAAGUAUGAGGUUGAGGACUACUCAUCUAGGAUUUACUGAAGCAGUCAAUCAAUUCUUUGACAAGCUCAUUCCAAAAGUGGUUCCUCUACAGUAUAAAAAAGGAGGGCCCAUUAUCGCAAUACAGUUAGAAAAUGAAUAUGGAUCGUUUGCAAUGGAUAGCACUUACAUGCCUUUCAUCAAAGAGGCUCUACAGUCCAGGGGAAUCAAUGAACUCUUACUAACAUCAGAUAACCAGAAGGGGUUGUUAAAGGGCGGGGGUGUGUCUGGAGCCCUCAGAACAUUGAAUCUACAGAAACUAAAUCUGGGGGAUAUCAAGGAUUUGAAUGCUAUUCAGCCCAAAAGCCCCAUGAUGGUGAUGGAGUACUGGACUGGCUGGUUUGAUGCAUGGGGAGACCUCCAUCAUGUCCUCUCCCCUGAGGAUAUGAUUUCUACUGUGCGGGAGAUUCUGAGUCAUGGCAUUUCCAUCAACCUUUACAUGUUCCACGGAGGGACUAACUUUGGCUUCAUGAGUGGAGCACUGGCCAACCCCGUCUACAAGGCACUAAUCACAAGCUACGAUUAUGAUGCACCCCUGUCAGAAUCGGGGGAAUAUACGCCAAAAUAUCACCUUCUCAGGGAUCUAUUCAGUCGGUACCAAAGUGAGGCGCUUCCUGACAUGCCAGCUCUUCGUUGGAAGGAAACGUACGAGCCAGCCAUCAUGUACCAGCACCUCUCCCUGUGGGACGUCUUAAGCUUCACUGAGGAGCCAUUUAAAUCUCCAAUCCCAGUCAACAUGGAAAAUCUCCCUGUGAACAAUGGGAAUGGCCAGUCCUCUGGAUAUACCCUCUAUGAAACCACCAUAACCAACGGAGGUUCCCUCAAGUCUGGAGACAAUGUACGGGACAGAGCCCUGGUGUUUGUUGACAGACACUACAUUGGAAUUUUCAAGCAUCGGAGUCUGGAACUUAUGGUACCUGAAGGAAAGGGCAAACAGACAUUGAGCUUACUAGUUGAAAACUGUGGACGAGUUCACUAUGGGAAAGAUCUAGAUAAACAGCGCAAAGGUCUCGUAGGGGACAUUCUGUUGAACAACGCCCCGUUGAGGGACUUCACAAUAUACAGUCUAGAUAUGAAAACCAGCUUCAUUGAUAGCCUCAACCAAGCACCUUGGAAGUCUCUACCACACAGCCCCAGUUUCCCCGGAUUCUUCCUGGGAAGAAUGUUUACAUACGGCUAUCCAAGUGACACCUUCAUCAAGCUACCAGGUUGGGGAAAAGGUGUAGUUUUCAUCAAUGGGUUGAACUUGGGGCGGUACUGGUCCAUCGGCCCCCAGCAAACGCUCUACCUUCCAGGACCUUUUCUCAACAGUGGAGUAAACCAGGUCAUUGUGUUUGAGGAGCAGGAAGCUGACUAUAAGAUCACAUUUGAAGAGGCACCAGAUCUGGGCAUGGCUGUGGACAUUCAGUAACUGCAUUUCUAUGCAACUGCAUUUUUUAUGCGUCAAUAAAUUAAUAGGUCAAAAUAAAUAAUAAUCUGGGACCCAAAUUGCUACAUUGUGGGGUAACUAGCUUUGUACAAAUUUAUUAUAAUAUUUAAUUUGUCCAUAAUUUUAUUUACUUUAAUGUAACCAAAACUUAAAACAGAAAAUGUACAAACAAACCUAAAAAAUAUAUAUUGAACUGGAAUUAUUGUAAUGGCUAAACUUUAACCUGACUGUUAAAACAGGCCUUACAUUUAGAUCAAAUGAUAUGAAGUUAUGUUAAUGUGCAAAAUUGGUGAAAAAAUAUCUGAAUUGGACUGUCUGUCUAAAAUGCACCAAUUAUUAAAAGGUAAUUUGGCAGUAAUAUGUGGCUUCUUAUGUUGAUGACAGCCUUCUGGCAGCACCUUCAAAGCAAAAACGGUAACACUUAAUUUGAAGGGGUGUGCAUAAGA